AUGGCCACGGCUGCCGCGGCCGCGGCGGCCGCCGCCGUCCCGGACGCCCGGCGGUGGGGCAAGGGCGGCGCCUCGUCGCCGGUCACCACCGCCAUCUUCCUCUUCUUCUUCGUCGUCGUCGUCGGCGUCCUCGUCUCCGCACGCUGGAUCACCACCACCACUCAUCUAGCAAUCACCAAUCUGGAUCAGUGGCGCACAAAGCCGUCAAUCCUGACCACGACGCAGACCACCUCCAUCCCGGCCUUCCCCACCGGCCCGGCGCCGCCGCGCCCCGCCUACUCCAUCUCCUGCCCGGCGCCGCCGCUCACCCGCGACCCGGACAUCCCCAGCAACAUCUCCCAGACGCUCACGCUCGCGCUCGCCUCCAACGCCACCUGCGCCGCCGUCCCGGACCCCCCGCCGAUCCCCGCCACCGCCGCCACCAACUCCUCCUGCCCCGCCUACUUCCGCUUCAUCCACGAGGACCUGCACCCAUGGCGCGCCGCGGGGGGCAUCACGCGCGCCAUGCUCGACCGCGCGCGCGCCACCGCCAACUUCCGCCUCGUCGUGCUCCGCGGCCGCGCCUACAUCGAGCGGAUCGCGCCGGCCUUCCAGACGCGCGACCUCUUCACCAUCUGGGGCAUCCUCCAGCUGCUCCGCCGCUACCCGGGCCGCGUACCCGACCUCGACCUCAUGUUCGACUGCGUCGACUGGCCCGUCGUCCGCGCCGACGAGUACCAGGGGGAGAACGCCACCGACCUGCCCCCGCUUUUCCGGUACUGCGGCGACAACGAGACGCUCGACGUCGUCUUCCCGGACUGGUCCUUCUGGGGAUGGGCUGAGAUCAAUAUAAAGCCGUGGGAUGCGCUGCAGAAAGAUUUGGAUGCCGGCAACAGUAAGGUGAGUUGGAUGAAUAGAGAACCUUAUGCGUACUGGAAAGGGAAUCCAGAUGUCGCAGCUAUAAGGCAAGAGCUGGUUAAGUGUAAUGUUUCCAGUGAGCAAGAAUGGAAUGCACGGAUUUACAAACAGGAUUGGAUUAAAGAGAGCAAGGCAGGAUACAAAAAAUCAGAUUUGGCCAGUCAAUGCACCCAUAGGUACAAGAUAUACAUCGAAGGGUCAGCAUGGUCAGUCAGUGAGAAGUAUAUUCUAGCUUGUGAUUCGAUGACGCUGGUGAUUAAACCAAAAUACUAUGAUUUCUUCUCAAGGGUGCUGAUGCCCACUAAGCAUUAUUGGCCAGUUCGAGAUGACAGUAAGUGCAGCUCCAUAAAGCACGCUGUUGACUGGGGAAAUUCUCACAAGAAAAAGGCACAGCAAAUAGGAAAGCAAGCAAGCAAGUUCAUUCAACAAGAACUUAGUAUGGACUAUAUCUACGACUAUAUGUUUCACCUCUUGACUGAAUAUGCUAAGCUCCUAAGAUUCAAGCCAACCAAGCCACCUGAAGCUGUUGAGGUCUGUCCCGAGUCUUUGGCCUGCCAAGCCAUAGGCCGGGAGAGGAAGUUCAUGGAAGACUCCAUGGUGAAGUCUGCGAAUGUUGCAGGGCCCUGCGAUCUGCCUCCUCCCUUCAGCCCCCAGGAAUUCAAAGCAAUGCAGAAGAAGAAAGAAAAGUCAACGAAGCAGGUGGAAAGGUGGGAACAAAUUGCUUUAGAGCCUAAGGAUAGCAAACGUUGAGAGCUCUCUGUUUUCCCCUUCCACGAAGUCAUGAAUAUAAAGUUUAGUAAAUUAUUUAGGAUUCAUGGUUAUACUAAUUUGUAGUAGUGAUAUCAACAUCUUGUUUCAUUGAAUCAAAUAUUCUAAAGUGUAACAUCUAGAAAAGUUAAAGAUGGAUUUAGAUCUCUGAUCCCCUUUCAUUCAUAUCUUGUCAAAGAUUCUUUUUAUUAACCUCAUAUUUCCGUUCAUUAUUUUAGAUAUGGCAAUAUACUCUGUAAGAAUAUUAGGAAUCCUAUUCAAAUUCUGGAAUU